UCGUGCACAGUGUGGUGUGCGCGCAGCGGCCGAUCUAUGCGCGCACUCUUUUUUAGUUUUAUUGUUGUUAUAUACUGACAUACGAGAAUAAAUUCGGAGACAAAAUUUUUCGCGACUUUGAGACCGGAAGAUCGGUACAAAAAGAAUAGUACAUAAAUAGUAAAUCUUAAAUUUUCAGUUACGGACGUGGCGUAUGAAAAAUUAAAUAUGUUCCUUUUAGUGCGUGGAUAAACGAAGCAGCGAUGUGUCGACGGGCUAUAAAAACUCAUGCCAAAAAAUGACGUGGUGAAGAAAGAUAGAGUGAAAGAGAGAGAGAGUGGAUGAGAGAGAAAGAGAGAGAAAAAGAGUGCGUGAGAGAGAGAAAAGAGAGUGAGAAGGAUAAAAGCGAGAGAAGCAGUGAAUGAGAGAGAGAAAGAGAAGAGACAGUGUCGCCUUGUCGAGUAGGUCUCUCGGGGGAGGGGGUCGAGAAGCCCAGCGAGCAUGGAGGCUGGCAAAAGUACCGAGGAUGUUUGGCGAAAGGAAAAAACAGAAGAUCGCACUGAACUUUUCAACGCAGACUCAGCAGCUGGAUCUGUAGAUGCAAAUUCAACUUCUCUUGCUGAUAUAUUUGACACUGCUUUCACAUCGACGCCUGAUCCUUCUCCCCCGAGAUGUCCUGCCGGUAAUGAGAUGGAGUAUGAACAUCUAUUUGCGGAAAGUGAUAUAGAAGAAACGGAAACACAGCCUCGUCCUGAGCCUUUUACCGGGCAGAGGCGUCUUCAUAGUCGGUCACGCUGGGAGCCCUGUUGCUUGAAUCGUAAUUAUUUGCCGAAUCGUUCGAGGCGUGAGCCUGUCCCAGUACCGUAUCUCAAUGCCAGGGAGAUUUUUGAGAAACAUCGUCGUAAGCAUUUACUUUUAAUCGAAAGAACCAACGUUCAACGUAUGAUGAUGGAUAAUCACAUAAUGGAGAGUCUCGGUGGACCUGGACCAUCAAGACGAUCAGGCUCGUCAGAAGCUCCGGUUGAUUACAGCAUAACUGGAACAGCGGGUCAUUCCGGCGGUGUCUUAGAUCCUGGAAUCAACAGUGUUCCAAAUGGUAGUGUCACGGAAAAUGCUAUUCUUCCAACCGCAACCACGACAACUACAACCUCGCAACAAGUACCUCGUAAUCAACCAUCGAAAAGCGAUGACACUCCCAUGGCUCCAGAUUUGCAAUUGGACUGGUCUUCGAGCAGCGAUAGUGACGACGAAGACGAUUCAAUCGAGGUUUUAGGAACUGUUAAUAACAGUAAUAGGACCAAUGGAAACGAAGGGGAGCAGAGUGAUCGUACAGUUACCGUCGUCGAUCUGACAGCCGAGUCUGACGAGGAGCAUACUGCGACGUUACCGAGUGCUCCACCUACGUCACCGCAUCCAGCCGAAUCAGUUCACAGAAACCAUUCCUCCUACUGCAUGCGUCAUCCGUCUGAAUACAUGCUGCAUUCGCUCAAUUCACUCCCCAUGUAUCACGGACCUUACAGAGUUCCCAAUUUAUAUCACGGUCAUCCGCCGACCACAGAUGGACCAGCUGGCAUGCCUCACCCACGAAUUCACCCUCUUCACGAGAGACUGUGGCUCCAUCAACAACGAUCACAAGAAUCGCAUCGUCGCAGACUCUACGCUAGAUCCGCACAUCAUGGUUAUACACCGCCCAAUGCUCAUAUGUAUCAACCUGGAGCAUACCCAGCUAAUGGUAGCACCAGCACUGCCGGUCCGCCUAGUACUUGUUGUACACCAAACGAAAAUUCCAGUCAAACAGAAAAUUAUCCUCGUCAUACGGUGUUACCGCCACCUCAGCAACCAACGGUUUACAGUCAUCCGGAAACACGAGGACCUGCUGCUCUCAACAUAAAUCCACCUCCUCCUUGUUUGGAGGCACUGACGGUGAAUCCGUUGACGAGCCUCGAAGAGAUGGAAUCAACGCCAGUGGAACGAAUGCCAUCGAUGCCAGUGCAUCAACACGUGCAUCAUCACAUGUAUCAUUAUCCCUCGUAUUCUCAAAACGUCAUGGCAGGACAAGGUUUUCAUCCUCACUUUCCUCAUCUUCAUUUGUCGCCUUUCCGGCUCAGUUUUCAUCCACAUAUGUAUCUCCAAAACACCGAGGGACUCAGAUACCCGGGGCCAGUGCCAGAUUUCGUGAUGCAUCAAGCUCGACACGUUACGGCUCGACUCGAAAGCUACAUGCGCAUUGUUGAUUUGCGACGUAUGUCACAUAUCAGCUGCGGCGCCACUCAAGAAUCUAUCGAAAGUCACACAUUCCCACACAAAUACAAACGAGUGAAAAAAGUAGAGAACGCCGAAGAUGCGAUGGAGAAGUGUACGAUCUGCUUGUCGGAGUUCGAGGAUUGCGAAAGCGUGAGGAGACUGCCGUGUAUGCAUUUAUUCCACAUAGACUGCGUUGAUCAGUGGCUGUGUACGAACAAACGUUGUCCGAUAUGCCGCGUCGACAUUGAAACUUUCCUGCAUAAGGAGCUCGCAGCGGCUACGUAGUUUAAGGUCGUGCCUAACCGCACCUCGUUAUCGUGGGCUUUUUUGGUUACUCUAUCUUUCGCUCCUCGUAUGUUAUUCGAUAUUCAUCCCGAGUUGUUUUGCCGGCUAAACAUUUUACAUUGUGCCGUUAUUUUUUAUCUCAAUCUUUUUUUUGUCUACACUCAAGAUUGCAAUUUUCUUGCUUCGCAAAUGAAGUUCGAAUACACGUUGUUGCGAUAAGUCAUCGUGUUUAUUUGAAGGAAAAAAAUGAGUUUACUAUUAUCAUCAUUACAGUUAUUAUUGUUGUUAUUAUUAUUAUUAUUAUUAAUAUUAUUAUUGUAGAUAUCGACAAUUGUAAAUAGACGAAUCGAUUAUAGACUCUAGAAAACCCAAGCGAGAUGUUUUCGAUACGGAGUUUUUGAACGAUUGCUUAAACUUUCAGUCGUCAUUGGUUUAUACAAAUUUGCGAUUAGUUUUGACUGUUUGGCGAAUGAAGGAUUUUUGUUUGGAGAACGUUACGUUAAAUAAUUCACCGAAGCGCGAAGGAGAGUCGUCUAUUCAGUUUAUUGAAAUUUGUUUUUUUCCAAAUGGUGCUGCGAAGGAUAAGCAUGAGAGUAAAGCGACAAAUGUUUGAUGAAAUUUAGGCAAACGAUUGUGUAGAGUCAGGCAAUGUUUUAGUUUCUUGUAGCGGAUACUGCGUAAAACGAAACGAGAACGAAGAAUAAGAAACUAAAUAUUUUUGAAAUACGUGACAAAUCGAGGUCGCGCUAAUGUCACGUCGUUUCAAAUUUUACGCGUGAUUCAGCGACGGGUCUCAAACGACAUUUCGAAAGUUCUCGUCCGUCGAUCCUACUAUUCAUAGGUGUAUAUUUUUAAAUAUUGUUUUUCGUUUUCUUUGUUUAAUUCAGGCGAAGAGGAGAAAGAUGAAAAAAAAGAGAUCACAAAAGAAAUCAAUUAAUUAGGUAAUAACGCGAGUUCUUAGACUUGGUCACAAAAUCCGAGACGAAAGAGACAUAAAAAUACACAAUUUUACGUAGUUAUCAGGCGUAAUGUAUCGACGCCAGUUACCUAUUAUUAUAUUUAAAGAAGUUGAAAAAGAAAAGAGAAAGCAAGGGAAAUGCAACGAUAAAUAAUCGUAAAUUAGUUCGUCGAAGAACAAAGAAAGAUACGCAUGAGGAAAGGUGAUUUGGGCCAUAAAGUAGGAGUCCCUGGUUUCGUCCUGGAACACCUAUCAAUUGAUAUCGUAUUAUUAAGUCAAAUCUAAACUCAACGAGUCAUAAACUAUUACGAAAAGAAAAAAAUGCCUGUCUUGAGAUUUCUCGAGCACGAAAUUUUGCAGGAGCGAUUUAGUGAAGUGCGCAUAAAAAAUCGCUAUUAUGUCACGCGGAUGGGGAUAAAAUAUUACAAAAUAUGAAAGAAGAACAGAACAAAACUGUAUCUUCACGUCACGAAUCAAUUUUUUAUUACUGCCAAACGCUGAAAGCCAAAUUUCAUGGAAACGAAUUGUAUAAUGAUCUUGUACUUGAAUACAUGGCUCGGUACGUUUGUAGUAUUUGUAAUAACGUGUCGAACGAUGAUAAGUAAGAACAAAAAGAAACGAAAAAACCAAUAAUCGGUAGAUUCUGCAUACCGAAAAUGAAAACUAAGCGUAUUUAAGGAGGAUUCUUUAUUUACGAACGAAUAUUCUUUGCAAAUAGCAAAAAAAAAAAAAGGAUUUCAAGGCGAACGCGAACGGUGACGUCCGAAUUAUGAUCUUGCGAGAUUGCAAAAAGGUGAAUUUCCUGACCUCGCUGUUCACGUUCCACAAUGAAAAGUCAUGGGAAAAAGCGAUGGAAAUUUGUAAUAACGAAUUAAUGAGAGAUACGCGUUUCACAGCGCGUAUCGUAGCUACUGAGAUUCGCGGAAAUAUUUCGUUACUUUUUGGCUUUUUUCGAAGCGUUCGUAUUCCGCUUACUCCGAAAAGUUUCGUGUUCAAUUGUCUCUUCGUUUUAACCUUCUUUUCUCUCUCUCUCUCUGCCCUCAGCUCGUGGGAUUUAUUCAAGAAAACGGAGAUAUAAUAUGAGAAAAAAACGAAAGAACGAAAAAGAAAGAAAAAAUAAAAAAACAUCGAGCGCUUUUCGUACCCGUUUGUACGAAAAAUAAUCAACUAAUUUGGAAUAAAACAUAAUUUUAUAUACUCUCGUAAGUUAUAAAACUUUAUACUGUAAAUAUGAUGCUACAAAUAUAAUGUGAAGAUCACCUGUACUGGUUUAUUGUUAAAGUGGAGUAUCCGAAGUAAACGUUAUUCGAAAAUA